GUUCGCCUGCUUUUUCCUUCGCUCUGUUUUUGCUAGUCCUCCCGGUUGUGACCCUUGCCUGUCUGGACUCUGAACCCACCUGCAUCAGUGGAUGCAUGGUGGCAAGGACGCUGUCAUUGGAUUUGUUAUAUUAUCCAGACAGGAGUGCCAUCCCUACUCCCGGUACUUCAGACUUAGUCUUGCUGACUGUCAAGGUUGUCCACCGGCACCGCACUGCCACCGACUCGACCGGACCUGAACAUUGGCUUGAUUGUGUGCUCAGGACUCAACGAUGGGGAAGGACGCCGCAAGAGCAGAGUGGGACAAUCCCAUGCAAUUUGUCCUGGCGUGUGUAUCAUACGCGGUUGGACUGGGAAAUGUGUGGCGAUUUCCAUACUUGUGUCAAAUGCAUGGCGGGGGUGGGUUCCUGAUCCCAUACCUGCUUAUGCUGGUCCUGUUGGGGGUACCCCUCUUCUACAUGGAGUUAGCCAUUGGCCAGAAGAUGCGUCUGGGCAGCAUUGGAGCAUGGAGAGCUAUUAACCCCUAUCUGGGGGGAGUGGGUCUGGCCAGUGUUGUGACCUCCAUGUACCUAUGUCUCUAUUACAAUGUCAUCAAUGCAUGGAGUUUCUGGUACCUCUUUCAUUCAUUCCAGUCGGUCCUGCCAUGGGCAGAGUGCCCGGUUAACAGCAACCUGACUGGCCAUGUGGAGGAGUGUGAGCGGGCCACGCCCACUCAGUACUUCUUCUACAGAGAGACCCUGGACAUCUCCGGGUCCAUUGAGGAGAACGGAGGGAUUCACAUGGGACAGGCACUCUGCCUCCUGCUGGCCUGGAUGAUUGUCUACCUGUUUAUCGUCAAGGGGGUCAAGUCCACUGGGAAGGUGGUGUACUUCACAGCCACAUUCCCCUACCUGGUCCUCAUCAUCUACCUCAUCCGUGGGGUCACCCUUCACGGAGCCAUCAACGGUGUGAAGUACAUGUUCACGCCCAAGAUGGAACAGCUGGCUAACCCCACUACAUGGAUCAACGCAGCCACUCAGAUCUUCUUCUCUCUGGGCCUGGGCUUUGGAUCCCUCAUCGCCUUUGCCAGCUACAACCAGUACAACAACAACUUUGAGAAGCAGGCCAUCGUCGUGUCCAUGGUCAACAGUAGCACCUCCAUCUUCGCCAGUAUCGUCACCUUCUCCAUCUAUGGCUUUAAGGCCACCUUCAACUACGAGAGCUGCCUGGAGAGGGUGCGACUGCUGCUCCUGAACACCUUUGAUCUAGCAGAGGACACCAUCAGUCUGGAGAAUGUCAUCCACUGGAUCGCUGAGCUGAACAGGACACACCCAGAACAGUUUGCCAGUCUGGGAGGUAGGCUGGAGACCUGUGACCUAGAGGCUGAACUAGACACGGCUGUUGAGGGUACAGGCCUGGCCUUCAUAGUGUACAGUGAGGCCAUUAAGAACAUGCCCGUGUCUCAGCUGUGGUCUGUGCUCUACUUCAUCAUGCUGCUGCUGCUGGGCAUGGGCAGUAUGCUGGGCAACGUCAUCGCCGUCAUCACCCCCCUCAGUGACUUGAAGUUCAUCAGCCGCUACAUGAGCACCAAAACACUCAAUGGUCUGGUGUGUCUAUUCUGCCUGCUGCUUGGCCUGGGCUUCACCACCCAUUCUGGGAACUACUGGUUCACCAUGUUCAACGACUAUGGAGCCACCUUCUCUCUGCUCUUCAUCGUCCUCAUUGAAGUUAUCACCGUCUGCUACAUAUAUGGCAUCAAAAGGUUUGAGAAGGAUGUAGAAGACAUGUUAGGUCAUCGUCUUAACUGCUACUGGAAGAUCAUGUUGGCAGGAGUCAGUCCUAUCCUCCUCAUUGCCCUAUUCAUCUUCUACAUCGUCAACUACAUCCAGGGAGGAACGCCCACAUACCAGGCCUGGAACAAAGAACUGGGGAAGUCUGUGGUGACGGAGUAUCCUCCCUACGCCCAAGCCUUCAUCGGCCUCCUCCUAGCCUCCUCUGUCUGCUGUAUCCCUUUGACGGCCCUCUACACCUACUGUAAGAAGAGGAACCUGGCCAGCGGGAAGAGAGAGCGCACUGUCAGCACUGUGUCAGCGUAAAGACCGACGUAUUGGUUGACAGACAGAGUGACACAAGGCAGAGCUGCUACAUUACGGCUCUGAGACUGACUGGACCCGCUAGUUAUAGGAUCGACUGAUCGACAACCUACCGUCCGUAUCAUGGCUGUCUUAACAGAACAGUACCUCACUCUCCUGGUGCAGUGGUUCAUGCCACACCACAAACCAAAGGCCCUCUUUCUCCCCCCGGGGCAGGCUGGCUCUGCCGCUGUGCUGCUGGUGGACAGACCGCCAGAUCUGUACCUAGCAUUAGCCCUAGUCGUCCUUUGGCAUCUAACACUUACUGGGUGAUAAUAGUGAACUUUUGUAUUUUAUAGCUGUGGUUCUGAGCAGGGCUUAGAACUACAUCCAAAAUAUUUCAGAAGUGAAAAACGAACAAAUAAUAUUGUGAAUGGUUUAUUGCGUUGUUUAAAGGCCCAGUGCAGUAAAAAAACAAAAAGAUUUCCUGUGUUUUGUACAUACAGUGCCUUGCGAAAGUAUUCGGCCCCCUUGAACUUUGCGAC